AACCGCGCUUCGAGCAGCACGCGUUUACGCUUCGUCGCAAGUGCUUGACAAACGGUCAUCGGGUCCGGUGCUGGUAGUGUGUUUGCAGGAUAAUAACGCUGUCGCAUUGAAAUCCUUGUUGGAUCGACAUCACGUCUGGCAUAGCGUAGGGACAAGAACCGUCACACCAUGGGUUCCGGAGGUAGAAUGGACUGCUGCGGGCAGUGCGUAAAGUACAGCAUGUUUGUGGCCAACUUUGUCAUCUUUCUCGGUGGCGCAAUCGUGUUUGGGUUGGGCAUCUGGACACUGGUGGACAAACACUUCAUCAACGAGCUGCUCGGUACGAAUCUGUUCUCCGGUGCGGUGUACGUGCUGAUUGCCACCUCCGCCCUGGUGUGUCUGCUGUCGUUCUUCGGCUGCAUGGGUGCGGCCAAGGAGUACAAGUGUAUGCUACUGACGUACUUCAUACUGGUGUUCCUCAUCUUCGUGACGAUGCUGAUCGGUGGCAUCCUUGGGUACGUGUUCCGCGAGAAGGUGUCGCAAACGAUGGGCGACGAGAUGCGGUCGUCGAUGAGUUUGUACGGUAACCGGCGCACCAUUACGACGGCGUGGGACGAAACACAGCAGCGGCUCAAGUGCUGCGGCGUCAAGAGCUACAGCGACUGGCGCGGUGACAUCCCGCAGUCGUGCUGCCAGCGCACGCUGGACGGUUACAAGCCGUGCAUCGAAAACCCGAGCCCGGAAAACAUCUACAUCAACGGUUGUCUCGAGAUCACGUCCAGCUACAUACGGGAUAAUGCGGCCAUCAUCGGUGGUGGCGGUAUUGGGGUCGCCGUGCUGCUCAUAUUCGGCAUGAUAUUCUCGUGCUCACUGUUCCGGAUGAUUGAAUAAACGCAAGGGCGGCACCCUGGGGACGUUUCCCUACAGUGGGGCGAUCUUUCCAUCCUCCGUGGAAAGUAUGGCACGCGGAACACACCGAGCAAGCAAUAGCAAUCUCAUCGUCCUUCGAUACUUUAAGACAUUUACUUUUACUGCUCGUUUCUUCGGCCCUCCCUUUUUUCGCUGUGGAGUCCGGCAAACGAUCUGGACGGGGCAGAUCACAAAUUUGCAAGCAUUCCGUCCAAUUCGGCACAAAUCAUCACCUUUUGUGUAAAUUCGUCGUAACAGCGCAUAGACCGGGCGGAGCUUUACAUCGGUAUCUCUUACUAGCUUGUUUGUUCGUUGUAAAUGUGCUUCCCUUAGUUUGAGCGUAAGAAUCACACGUGUCCUUGUAGGCGUUGGACAGCGUUUAGCGCUUCACGCAAACGUGAACGGCACUUUCACAUCCGUCCCCCUCUGUGCUCUCAUUACAUCCUAAUUGUUAAGGUUUUUCUUUUAUUAUUUUAAUUUAACACAAUCGAUUGGCUGCAAGCGAGACGACAAAAUAUGAACCAGGGGAUUGCAAAAAUUGUACGACAAACGACAAACAAAUUGAGGAAGCAAAAUUUAUGCUAAACAGAACGAUUGUAUAAUUCCAUGUGCUUUUAUGUAGUGGUUAAUAAAGCAGAGCGGAGCGAUAAAG